CCUUCAGGGCUGCACAAAGUUUGGAGUUGAUCAGAGUGAUAGCAGUACGGAUUAUGGCCAUGGCUCCUGCUGCCCAGGAGAAGUCUCGUCCUUUAUUCCUGGAAGUGUUCUGUCGCACUCUUAUCAUCCUGUGUGUGGCUCUCGCCAUUGUCCUGUCCUCCAUUGCAGUGUGUGAUGGAUACUGGCUGCUGAAUGAACGCCACAUGUUUGGCCUCUGGUUCUUCUGUGAGGUGGACAUGGAGAACUCUGGUACACUCUUUAACUGCAGCAGGCAUAUUGCAGAGGAAGUGGGUCAGCUCCUGGGGCUCGGGCUGUGUCACUGUGUUGUCUCUCUGGCUGUAGUAAGUGCCAUCUUUGGCCUGGAGCUGCUGGUAUUGUCACAGGUGAGCGAGGGACAGGCAUCUAGGCAGCGGUGGCAUCUAGGGGCAUGGCUUGUGCUGCUGGCUGCAGGAUUGGCUGCUGCAGGGGUCAUGACAUUUAUGUUCCUAUUAUGGGAAUAUGCUACAGCUCUGGGGCUCACACUUACUUUCUGGUGCCAGUUCACUGCAAUCUUCCUCUUCUUCCUCAAUGGCAUGGCAGCACAGUACAUCCGGAAUAUGGCAUACUUUCUGCCCUCUAGUGGUGAUGUUGGGAAACUAUAGGCAUUGGCCAUUUUAGAUUUACCACUGCUGGGUUAUGUACGAAGUUCACAGAACAAAAAACUACUGUAUCUGUUGUUGAAU